CUCCCUUCUCCACCGCCUCGACUUCCACUUCCACUCUCACCUCCUAGCCUCUUCUACAGAGCGCUUCAGCUUCGUGCAACAAGCCUACACAGGCAAACUAGCAGCCCACCAGCGUUCUCGAGAACGCAUCAUUCUAUCGAAGCGGGGUACUUGGGCCUCGACACCACUAGAGUUUUAACCACCGAAAUCCAACAACACCGCCAUCAUGGUCAACUUCACCGUCGAAGAGAUCCGUGGUCUUAUGGACUCUGCGGCUAACAUCCGCAACAUGUCCGUCAUCGCGCAUGUCGACCACGGAAAAUCCACCUUGACCGAUUCUCUCGUCCAACGUGCCGGUAUCAUCUCUGCGGCGAAUGCGGGAAAGGCCCGGUUUACGGACACUCGACCCGACGAACAGGAGCGUGGUGUCACCAUCAAAUCGACAGCCAUCUCGCUGUACGCCACCCUCAAUGAUCCUGAGGACAUGAAGGAUAUCCCGGUCAAGGUCGAUAAGAACGAGUUCCUGAUCAACUUGAUCGAUUCCCCUGGUCACGUUGAUUUCUCAUCUGAAGUGACCGCCGCUCUUCGUGUCACUGACGGUGCCCUCGUCGUCGUCGACACCGUUGAAGGUGUGUGUGUGCAAACCGAGACUGUGCUUCGACAGGCUCUUGGUGAGCGUAUCAAGCCCGUCGUCAUUAUCAACAAGGUCGACCGUGCUCUCCUCGAACUUCAAGUCUCCAAGGAAGAUCUGUACCAGAACUUCUCUCGUGUCAUCGAGUCCGUCAACGUCGUUAUCUCCACCUACUUCGACAAGGUUCUUGGCGAUGUCCAGGUCUACCCCGACAAGGGCACUAUCGCUUUCGGUUCCGGUCUCCAUGGCUGGGCCUUCACCGUGCGCCAGUUUGCCGGCAGAUACGCGAAGAAGUUCGGUGUCGACAAGAACAAGAUGAUGGAGCGCCUAUGGGGGGACAACUACUUCAACCCGAAGACCAAGAAGUGGACCAAGGUUGGCACUCACGACGGCAAGCCCCUCGAGCGUGCCUUCAACCAGUUCAUCCUCGACCCGAUCUUCAGAAUCUUCAACGCCGUAAUGAACUUCAAGACGGACGAAAUCCCCACGCUCCUGGAGAAGCUUGAGAUCAAGCUGUCCUCCGACGAGAAGGAUCUUGAAGGAAAGGCGCUGCUGAAGGUCGUUAUGAGGAAGUUCUUGCCAGCGGCAGACGCUCUUCUCGAGAUGAUGAUUCUGCAUCUCCCAUCUCCCGUCACCGCUCAGAAGUACCGUAUGGAGACCCUCUACGAAGGUCCCCAUGACGACGUCAACGCCAUUGGAAUCCGGGACUGCGAUCCCAAGGGUCCCCUCAUGUUGUACGUCUCUAAGAUGGUGCCAACCUCCGACAAGGGCCGUUUCUAUGCUUUCGGUCGUGUCUUCUCCGGUACCGUCAAGUCUGGCUUGAAGGUCCGCAUCCAGGGCCCGAACUACACCCCUGGCAAGAAGGACGAUCUCUUCAUCAAGGCCGUCCAGCGUACCAUUCUCAUGAUGGGCCGGUUCGUUGAGCCCAUUGAGGAUGUGCCCGCCGGUAACAUUCUCGGUCUCGUCGGUAUUGAUCAGUUCUUACUCAAGUCUGGUACAUUGACUACCAACGAAACCGCGCACAACCUCAAGGUCAUGAAGUUCUCCGUUUCCCCCGUCGUCCAGCGCUCCGUCGAAGUCAAGAACGCCCAGGACCUGCCCAAGUUGGUUGAAGGUCUGAAGCGUCUGUCCAAGUCGGAUCCUUGCGUAUUGACCUACAUUUCCCCAUCCGGCGAGCACGUUGUUGCCGGCGCCGGUGAGCUUCAUUUGGAGAUCUGCUUGAAGGACUUGGAGGAGGACCAUGCCGGUGUUCCCCUUCGCAUCUCCGACCCAGUCGUCCAGUACCGUGAGACUGUUAGCAAGAGCUCCAGCAUCACGGCGCUCUCCAAGUCGCCCAACAAGCACAACCGCCUGUACGUUAUCGCCCAGCCCUUGGACGAGGAGGUGGCUCAAGCCAUCGAGGCGGGCAAGAUUGGUCCCCGUGACGAUAUCAAGGCUCGCGCUCGUAUCCUUGCCGAUGAGCACGGUUGGGACGUCACAGACGCCCGUAAGAUCUGGUGCUUCGGUCCCGAUACUAGCGGCGCCAACUUGCUCGUCGAUCAGACCAAGGCUGUGCAGUACCUGAGCGAAAUCAAGGACUCUGUUGUCUCUGGUUUCCAAUGGGCCACCAAGGAAGGCCCCGUAGCCGAGGAGCCGAUGCGAUCCGUGCGCUUCAACAUUAUGGAUGUCACCCUCCAUGCUGACGCUAUCCAUCGUGGAGGUGGACAGAUCAUCCCCACUACUCGUCGUGUGCUCUACGCUGCCACUCUUCUUGCGGAACCAGGUCUCCAGGAGCCCAUCUACAUGGUCGAGAUUACUGUGCCCGAGCAAGCUAUGGGCGGUAUCUACGGUGUGCUUACUCGGAGGAGAGGUCACGUCUUCGAAGAGUCCCAGCGUCCCGGUACUCCUCUCUUCCACGUCAAGUCCUACCUUCCCGUCAACGAGUCUUUCGGUUUCAACGCCGAUCUGCGCAGUGCCACCAGCGGCCAGGCGUUCCCACAGUUGGUGUUCGACCAUUGGCAGAUACUGCCCGGUGGAUCAGCGCUUGACACCACGUCAUUGCCUGGUAAGAUUGUAGAGACUAUGCGGAAGAGGAAGGGCCUCAAGGUCGAAGUGCCCGGUGUUGAGAACUACUACGACAAGCUAUAGAGAGAUGCUAUCAAAAACGAUAAAUUUCCUUAUUAUUCAAUGCUUGGAAUAUACCGGGGCUGCUCGCCAUCAGGGGUCGUCCGUUCCCUGCGCAACGUGUCAACGAAACAUUAAGAGCAUCUCUGGAGGAGUCUAGGGACUAGUUGACGAUGACGGGCACCCUGGUGCGACAAUGAUCGAGGGUAGUGCUGGCGAUCCGUGGCCUUUCCUUUUGCAUGUUCUGCUUUGUGAUGUAAUCGUGGGACUAGAAAUAAGAACCACAUGAACACAAUCCUUACUCUCCUGUGAUGUUUGACAUGCUGUGAGCGAACAGGCGCCGUUGAAUAGAGAGUGGCAGUCCACGGAUUUGUGGGAGUUCUCUUCAAGAACGCGACUCUCUUUGGGCUCACCCGGCACUGUUUGAGGUCCUCUGGUAUGUAAAUCAUUGAAAUUCGCAAAGCGACAAUUUGGGCAAGCCUGAUAGCUCCCCAGGCC